AUGUCAGCAAUACCGCCUGACACCGAUACCAGGCCCUCCCUCCAAGACAUCCACUCCGCCGUCCUGCAAACAACGCUCAAGACGUUCGCCUCGACCGAGGACUGUUGCGUCAUCUGUCUCUCUGAGCUCUCCGAGGGAUGCGAAGCACUCCCCUGCCACCACGCCGACUUUGAUUUCCUGUGCCUCACCACCUGGCUCGAGCAGCAGCCGACGUGCUCGACAUGUCCCCUCUGCAAGGCCGAGAUCACCGAGAUUCGGUACGACUUUUCGUCAGACCGGGCGCAAUGGAAGACCUACCACGUCCCGCCAAAACCAGCACCACCACCACAGCAGCAGCAGCAGCAACACCACAGAUCCCAUGAUAGGACCCGCAGCGGCCCUGGUCCCCAUACAUCGCCAGGUCACUUUGCCGGACGCCGCCGCUUCGACCCCCUCGGCCUCCGCCGCCCUCGCCCUUCGCUCUACCGCACCCGUCGCGCGCGGGGCUCGGCCCAGGACGACGACCCGCUGCGGCACCGCCGCUUCGUCUACCGCAACCAGCUCUACUCGCUGCGCGUCGGCUCGAACCGCGUGUCGCGCUACCGCGAGCUGACGCCUCACAUGUUCGCCACGGACGCGGAGCUCGUCUCGCGCGCGCGCAUGUUUCUGCGCCGCGAGCUGCAGGUCUUUGACUUUCUGGCGCCCACGAGCGACACGUCGACGGCGGCGGCUGCGGAUCCAGCUGCCGCCGCCGAGAGGGACCCCCGUGCGACGGCGCAGGGCCAACAACGCCGAGUUCCUGCUCGAGGGAGCAUGGGCCAGGCCGAGGAGCUCGUUCGGGAGUUCCUCGGGCGGGAGAACACGAGGCUGCUGCUGCACGAGCUGCGCGCGUGGCUGCGCAGUCCGUACAUGGCGCUCGAGAACUGGGACAAUGCCGUGCAGUAUCCCGAGCUGCGAGCCAAGCGGGGGCGGUCGCGGAGUCGCAGCCCUUCUGUCGAGGGCACCUCGCGACCGGGGCGGGAGCAGGUCACGUAUCCCUCGACGUGGCGGAGGGGCGACAGUUUGGGAGACAGGCCAGGGACGUCGCAGUUGAGGUUUGCGCGGGAGUAG